GGCCGGGCGGAGGCCAGGGAGGCAGCGGCCCCCCAACCCAGGAGGCCGGCGCUGGGGAUCAGCGCAGCGGUCCCCGCCGGCUUUCUCCACCCCUGGAAUUCUUGGGAACAUAAAUAGUGACCUCUCUGGUGUGGCGGUGCUGGGGCGGCAGGGCUCCAGGGAGGGAAGCAGUGAUUACCCACCGAGCUCCUGCAGGAAAAUGGUCUGUGGGUCUGUGUGAAGUGUCCGGGCGGCACCCUCGCGGCAAGAACUGAGAAGAGGAGGAGACAGUAAGGAUAGGCCCAGGAGUAAUGGCGUCCAAAGAGGAACAAGUGGUAGAAAAUAUCAAGGUGGAAAAUACUAACCAGGAAAAUGAAAAAAAGGAUGAAAAGGAGCAAAAUGCUAAUAAAGGAGAACCCUUGGCCCUCCCUUUGGAAGCUGGUGAAUAUUGUGUAGCUAGAGGAAAUCGUAGGCGGUUCCGUGUUAGGCAGCCCAUCCUGCAGUAUAGAUGGGAUGUAAUUCAAAGGCUUGGAGAGCCACAGGCAAGGAUGGGAGAAGAGACUAUGGAAAGGGUUGGGGAGGAGAUGAGACAACUGAGGCAAAAGCUGAGGGAAAGGCAACUGAGUCAUAGUCUGCGGGCAGUUAGCACUGACCCCCCUCGCCAUGACCGUCAUGAUGAGUUUUGCCUUAUGCCUUGAAUGCUGAUGUUUUCCCUGCAGUUAAUAGGGAGACACCUGCUUUCUAAACACAGGUGAUCGUAAUGUACCUGUGUUGUAAACCUUUUGAUAUCACUUGUUUCUGGUGGGUCUCUACCAACUUCUAGUUGAAUGUUGUUUUUUAUUCAGUUUGCAAGAUUUUGUUAGGAAAAUUUUACCUAUUGCGUGG